AUGGCAAAUUAUUUUGAGAGUGGAAAUAAUUUAGUCUCUGCAACUUUAAGAACUAAGUUAAAUAGCUUUGAUAUUUCUAUUCCUAAUCCAGUACGACGAUUACCCUUAUUUAUUAACCAUGCACAAUCAACUGCAUUAAAAAAAAAAUUGCAAGAUCAACUGAACGAAAAUACUGCACAAAUACAAUUAACUGCUGACUUAAAUACUGAACUUGCAAAACGACGAUUAGAACUAGAAAGGCAAAUAAAAGAGUUAGAUAAAAUUGAAUUUAAUGAAAUCCCUCAAGGAUUAGGAAGUAAUCUAAUUGACGUAGAAAAGCCAACGGCUUUUUCAACUACGUCAUCAGGCAGAGGCUCAAGACGUGAUCGUAAUACGGCAAAAGGUCAUCAAAUAGGUAUAGAGUUUGCUACGGAAAUAGGUCAAGGUUUAUUACAAGAGGUUAAGCGUCUACAAACUCUAUUACAUGAAAAAGAAGCAAUAACAAAAGGAUUAGAGGCUGAAAAAGCUGAAUUAGAACGAACCGUCGAACAACUUAAUAAAAAUUUACGAGCACAUCAAGAAUCCAAAG